AUGACCGUAGACGUGGACAAGCUCCUGAGCAGUCCCGAGAGGGCGUACACAGUGCGGUACAACCAGCGUGACUUGCUGGUCUAUGCCGCUGGCAUCGGUGAGUCCUCACUGCAGUUUACGCACGAGCUGCACGACUCGUUUGCCGCUUUUCCGCUCUAUCCGGUGUGUCUUUUAUUCAAAGGCGAGUCUCAAGACGUAGUGCCAUUUCCGCCCCCGACAUUCGGAUUUCUGCUAGAAGACGCACUCGAUAGCUUUGAUCCAGUUAUGAUGCUGCACGCUGAGCAGUCGGUGGAGAUCCUACGGCCUUUGGAUUCCAUGGGGGCCACGCUGACGGGUCGGAGCAAGCUCCUUUCAUGCUAUAACAAAGGGAAGAACGCGCUUAUUGAGACGCAGACGCUGUUUGAAGAUGUCCAUGGACCAUUGGUGAAGCUCGUUAGCGGCUCUUAUAUUCGAGGCCUUACGGGUUUCCCGGGCAAAGGACGCAAGUCCCUAGCACGCGUGCAGAUUCCCGAUCGCGAGCCCGACUUUCAAGAUGAGAUUCAGACGUCGCCGAAUCAGGCACAGAUCUAUCGUCUGUCGGGCGACUACAACUCGCUGCACGUCGACCCCGACGUUGCAGCAAGCGUGGGUUUCAAGCAGCCUAUUUUGCAUGGUCUAUGCUCCAUGGGCGUAGCCAGCCGUUCGUUGUACAAGCAAUUCUGUCAGGGUGACGUGGUGCGUUUCAAGUCCAUUCACGUGCGCUUCUCAAGCCCGUGCUUUCCUGGAGAGACUAUUCAGACCCGGAUGUGGCAGGAGAGCAGCACUGACGUGCUAUUCCAGGCCGUGGUCAAAGAGCGUGGCGUCGUGAUCAUUGACAGCGGCAAGUUUGUCUUUGAUCCGAAGGCGUCCGCGCGUUUGUAA